CACUGCAAAAAAUGGGUACAAGCAUACCGUGCCAAGCGCUCCGGUGAUUUCGCCCUCACCUGCGACCUGAUCCGGGAGCUGACGGCCGGCUUCGUGGGCGUGACCGACAUGCCGCCGCUCGACUUCAUCCCGGAGCUGAUGGUGGUGUACCCGGACGCCAAGGUGGUGCUCGUCACGCGGGACCCCGAGUCGUGGCUGGCUAGCAUCCGGCCCGUCGCGCGCAACAGCAGCCUCGACAACUGGCUGGUGCAGUAUGCACUCUGGCCCAUCCCGGGCUGGAGGCACUUUCCCGCGCUUAGCGCCGAGUUUGGCACCAGCACAAAGGAGUAUUUGGGCAUUGUGGACGAUUCGGUGACGAAUCCGCUGCCUUGCGUUGAAUUGCUGCACAAUUGGAAUGCAAGGGUGAAAGCUACAGUACCACAAGAUAAGCUUCUUGUCAUGGAUCUCAAGCAGGGAUGGGAGCCUUUGUGUGGGUUCCUGGACCUCCCCGUGCCGGACGAGCCACUUCCCCGGGCCAAUGACGCUGCCGCAGCCGGGGCGGCCUAUCAGGAGAUCUCGGAUAGGGUCCGCGAGAUUUGGCUCGACGCUUUCGCUGUCGCCGGGGUGGUGGGCUUCGCUGCUUGGAAGACAUGGGCUGUUUCUAGGCGGCUAUUAUUGCCAGAGAUGCCUUACACGUGCGACGUCGAAGGUUGCGGUCGCGUCUAUCAGCGCAAGGAGCACCUCAACAGGCACAAAAGAGACCACGACGAGGUCAAGUCAUUCGAGUGCCCAGCAUGCGGAGCACAGUUCUCAAGAGGUGACACGCUCCGCCGUCACAUGAACCUCCAUGGCCCUCGCGCCGAAGGUCCGCUCCCAGCCCGCGUGGCAAAGGCCUGCGUCAACUGCCACAAGUCAAAGACGCGCUGCGACGGCAGGGAACCCAUCUGCUCGCCGUGCGCCGACAGGGGCCGGGACUGUGCAUAUCCAAAACGAGAUGGCGGCGGCGGCGGCGGCGGCGGCGGCGGUGGCAGCGAUAAUGAUGCCCGCAAGGUAUAUCCGCCAAUUUUUCAGCCCGUCGAGCAGGUCAGUACCGUCCAAGAUGCCGUCAUGACCAUGGACACAAUGAAUGUCCAAGUCAGCAUGGAUGCGGUGCCGACUCUGAGCAUCAUGGAUAUGGACAUGGCCGUAGACACAGGCGGCGGCGACCUUUCCUCGGUCCAAACCGCAGACCAGCAGCAUAUCGCCUCCAUGGCAGGCUAUACGCAGUUCAUGCCGUCUCCGCCCGAUCUCGAAGUACAAACACCGCCACCACCACGGGCGCCGAUACCGCCACCACCACCAACUGCGCUGCAGGAUCCACGGAACAAGCAGCUGGCCGAAACUUACUUCACGGUAUUCCACCCGCAUUGGCCCCUGAUACACCGAGACACGUUUAUGAGUAACCAGCAACCCGAACUGCUCACCCGCGCCGUCAUGAUAAUCGGUCUGUUCUUCCACGGCUCGGCUGAGGCACGCGCCCUUGCUGUGACGCACCACAGAAAGCUCUUGAAAGAGGCCCAGGACAAAGUUGUCAUACUCUCCAAAAAGACCCGCCAAAGCCUGCUCUCGGCGCCCUCGGCCGCGCUCCUGCCGCACCUGCAGGGCAUCCUCCUGGCCAUGAUCCUACCGGCGUACCUCCGGGACCGGGCCAUCGACGUGACGCUGGCCAUGAGCCCCGUGCUGACGGCGGUGCUGGCUGCAUGCGGCGCCCACGACCAGCGCCGCAUCGACGCCGCCAACCCGCUCGACCGCGACAGCACCGCGCCCUGGUUGAUGCGCGAGUCGUAUCAACGCCUCGCCCUGCUGCACUACAAGCUGCACCUGCUCGCCUCGGCCAUCUUCGUCAGCCUCUUCCCCUGGACCCGCAUCGACGCCUCCCUGACCCCCGACAUGCUGCACGUCCGCGUUCCCUUUAGUCGCCACUGGUGGGAGAGGCUGCCCGUGACCUGGGACCCGGCCGCCGUGCCGCCGUUUGCCGACGCCGGUGGUGGCGGCGGUGAUGGUCAGCAGCAGCAGCAGCAGGACCAAGGCCGCGACGACGAGUCCUUUGUUCUCGUCAGCGCCAUCGCCAACAGGGCCAGGGCGACAGGCACCACCGAGGGUCUGUUGCCGCUGUUUGCUUGGGAUCGGGACUUUGCCUUGGCUAUGGGUUGCUGGUGUACGAAACCCGACGGCGAGAGGGAUGAUCGUUUCGUCGCCAGGUUGAGACCCUACCUGAUCAAUGCUUUAAAAAUUAGCGGCGACGAAGUUAUUUUACUUCUUGGGGCGUAG